AUUUAUAAUCUUUUAUGCCAUACUAAGUCAUAAUAUAAUAUUUCUUCAUAUUUUACAUUAAUAACCAUUAUUUUUAUAUAUCGUCUACAAUUUUCUAAUUACGUCAGUUUGUUCUAUUUUUUAUAUGAUAUCGAAUAUUCAUCAUAAAUAGAUGGUUUAAGAUGCAAAAAUUAUUUACUUGGUGAAUAUAAUACAUCAAAUAUUACAAAUACAUCAUUUAGUUAAAUAAAUAACCAAAAACCAAAAAUUCAUACCUGUGCUGGCGCGCAGGUCAAUAUCUAGUUUGAUUUAAUUGAUAAGCUACUGAAAUGUACACGAUUCUAGCUCAUUUCAUAUAUAUUUACUGGUGCGUAUAUGUAUAUAUGAUUUGUCAGCACACUAGAACCCAUUAUUUGAUAAUGCCUUUCCAAAUCUAAACACUGCAAUAAAAAUCAAUGACGGUUUCAAGCUCUUCUUUCCCUCCUCUUUGCGAAAAGAUCUCUCACACCAGCUUUUUCUUAAGAGUUGUGGAUCUCACCAUUUUGGGUCUUCUCUUUUCUCUUCUUUUGUACCGAAUCCUACAUAUGAGAGAGAACGACAAUGUUUGGCUCGUCGCUUUCCUCUGUGAAUCUGGUUUCACAUUCAUAUGGCUGAUUAUUACCUGCAUAAAAUGGAGUCCCGCUGAAGAUAAACCCUAUCCAAAUAGACUUGAUGAAAGGAUUUGUGACCUUCCUUCGGUAGAUAUGUUCGUGCCCACUGCCAAUCCUGUUAGAGAACCGCCAAUAAUUGUUGCGAACACCGUGCUUUCGCUGCUAGCUUUGAAUUAUCCAGCGAAUAAGCUAGCAUGUUAUGUGUCGGACGAUGGAUGUUCACCUCUCACUUACUUCUCUCUCAAGGAAACUUUUAAGUUCGCCAAGAUUUGGGUUCCCUUCUGCAAGAAAUACAACGUUAGAGUUAGAGCUCCUUUUAGAUAUUUCUUAAACCCUUUGGUCGCAGCAUACGAUUCAGAGUUCAGGAAAGACUGGAAAAUGACGAAGAGGGAGUACGAGAAGUUAAGGCGGAAAGUUGAAGAUUCCACCGGAGACUCCUUCUUGUUGGACGGGGACGAUGAAUUGGAAACCUUCUCAAACGCAAAACCAAAUAAUCAUUCAACUAUAGUUAAGGUCGUAUGGGAGAAUAAGGGAGGUGUAGGAGACGAGAAAGAAGUCCCUCAUCUUGUAUACAUAUCAAGGGAGAAAAGACCGGAUUACGUUCAUCACUACAAAUCUGGAGCCAUGAACUUUCUGUUAAGAGUAUCAGGAUUGAUGACAAAUGCACCAUACAUGUUGAAUGUAGACUGCGACAUGUAUGCCAAUGAAGCAGAUGUGGUGCGACAAGCAAUGUGUGUAUUUUUACAAAAGUCAAAGAGUCCAGACCGUUGUGCUUUUGUUCAGUUCCCUCAAGAGUUCUAUGAUUCUAACUCCGACGAACUAGCCGUCGUACAAUCAUAUUUGGGAAGAGGUGUUGCAGGAAUCCAAGGACCGCUAUAUUGUGGCUCAGGAUGCUUCCAUACUAGAAGAGUUAUGUACGGUUUAUCUCCAGAUAAUUUGGAAAAUAACGGAGAUCUUUCGUCGUCUGCUACAAUAGAGUUUUUGGAUGAGGAUAGUUUAGCGAGGAAAUUUGGGAGUUCUAAAGAGUUGGUCAUAUCGAUUGUGGAAGCAUUACAAGGAAAAUCAAAUCCCAAAACUAGCCUUACAGACUUCAUAGAAGCGGCUCAAAUGGUGGGGCAUUGUCACUACGAGCACCAAACCAAUUGGGGGAAAACUCUCGGUUGUUUAUACGAUUCUGUGGCGGAAGAUAUGAACACAAGUAUUGGAAUCCAUUUGAGAGGAUGGAGUAGCUCAUACAUUUGUCCGGAUCCACCUGCGUUUCUUGGAUCUACGCCGUCGGUGGGAUUUGAGGCGAUAGUACAGCAGCGGCGAUGGGGGACGGGAGCGAUCGAAGUCCUUUUUAACAAGCAAAGUCCGUUAAGAGGAAUGUUUAGCAGCAAAAUAAGAUUCCGACAACGAUUAGCUUAUCUUUGGGUUCUAAUGUGUCUAAGGUCAAUCCCUGAGCUAUUUUAUUGUCUCUUGCCUGCGUAUUGCCUGCUUCGCAACACGGCCUUAUAUCCCAAGGGACCUUGUCUAGCCAUAACUGUCACAAUUGUGGUGAUGCACUGCCUCUAUACUCUAUGGCAAUUUAUCAACAAUGGUUUUUCAGUACGAUCGUGGUAUGUCUCCCAGUCACUUUGGAGGAUUCUAGCCACUUGUGGUUGGUUAUUUAGCAUCCAUGAUAUCCUACUUAAACUUCUUGGAAUCUCGAAUGUCGGGUUCGUAGUUGCUAAAAAGACUACCCCAAAGACCAUGCCAAUAUCCGGGUGUGAUAGACGAGUUGAUGAUUAUUUGGAUGGAUUGGUGCUACUGGACAGUUUUUUCAUUCAGUGAUUAAUACGAAUCUUAAAUUUUUUUAUGGAUUGUGAGUUGUGAAAGUAGAAAAAAUAAAAGAGAUACUUUCAUAGUGCAAAGUGUCACGAAAUAAGGACUCAUGCACUCAUAUGUCGUCUUAGCCAUCCUUUUUGGUUGGUGAAACUCUUUGCCUCCGAAAAGUUCUUAUCCUUUCAGUUUAGGCUUUUGUCGAAUAUGGGGUGAUGUGGUAUGCCAAUUCCCUAUCUUAUUUUGGGGUGGGAUUGGCUGUCGGUGUAGCGUUAAGCUGGAUAGUCUCGAAGGACAUCGAUUCCAAGAGGAAUAUUCGUUCGACGAGAACUCAAUGAUCCUUGAUUCUGAAAAAUGGCAUUGAUUCCGAAGAAUACCAAAGACAAGAACUGAAAAGUUAUAGGGUUUAUAUUUAACAAUCAAACUAGAGUUUGACCCGCACAUAUAUGCAGGUGUUUGAUUUAGUCUUUAUAUAAAUAUUUAUAUUAUUUUAAAUGUUUAGUGUUUAAUAUUUUAAACAUUUUCCAUACAUUUAAAUGUUUAUAUGACUUUUAAACCAUAAAAGUUGAAUAAGUUACAUGUUUUAAUUUAAUUUAUUGUUACCAUAAUUAAAUUGGUAUAUAUAUAUAUAUAUCUUAUUAUAUUUGCAUGUAAUUAUCAGAUAAAUGAAUAUAUGUGUGAAAGUAGAUCCCUCGAAGGAAAUGCCAAAAUCUAUGAACUUCACUUUUCAAGGUAAGGAUACAUUGGUGGAAUACACAUACCCAUGUUUGCCACCGAAAUGCACAGUUUUUUUUUUUUGGUAAAAUGUUAAAUAUUAUACCAAUUUUCAAUUUUAGACAGACUUUACAACAGAUAACAAGUAGCGGAAACUGAAUCAACAACACAACAAGAAAACAAACUACGAACAACAAGCAAGGACCAAACCGAACAGCAAUGCAGCAUAACCGGUAAAAUGGAGUGAUAGCGAGACGAGGUAGGACCUUACAACCCUGAAACUAGAUGAGAAGACCGGGUAGUUGCCGCGAGCUACCGAGAGAAGGGUGCCCUCAAACCCUGAAUGCUACAGUUCCUACAGCUUUUAACCGAUUAACCCAUAACGAACCAGAGCGAAGAAUCCAACCACGAACAAAGAGCAGGCAAGAUAAAAGAGACCACCGGCAGUACGAGGAAGAGCCGAAGACUGACGAUGCCGUCGUUCAGUAGAUUACGCCGGAGAUUACAGCCUCCAUUGCAUUCCACCGGGACCGUAUACACCCAUUUAACCAUAACCCGAAGCGAAUAUGUAUCGGAAGACGGACAACUCCUCUGGAAGAGACAAAACCGAAGCCACACUCGAAGACCGCAGACUAAAUACCACACCAAGAAACACAAACUAACCGGAAAUUGCUGCCAAGCCAUGAACACAAACCUGCUGAGUUUAUUUGAGUAAAGCUAGCAACGUAGCAGGCUACAAACGUCGUUACCACAAAGAUCUGAACGGGCAAGGAAACACACAGGGCCUAAGCAAGCUGAAGCACACCACUGAAACCCCACUCUACGCGACGCCACAAGGGAGCUCGGACCAACAGACGGACGUCUCCGUCACCGGCGAGACCCACGCGCACCAACCGUCAGAGAACAUGACGGAGUCACCUCAGAUAGAGUAGAGAGAACUCGAGUCACCAUAAACCGGCGCCACAAACCCUCACGGGUUACCGAGAUCUGGCGAACCCUAGAACCCCAACUCCCCACGCAGCCACAUACACCACCAGACGCAACACAUGAGGUGAAAAGAGACUGUUGAAGAGCUUAACGACACUGCACGCGCCACCAACUCGGUGAAGCUUUACUGGAUCUCGGGAAAAACGCUGGAAAACUCCGAUUCAGACAAGGGUACAUCACGGCAGUGGAAGGAACCGUCCUCUAGCUACCCCGCCGCCGAUAACCCGAGAUCUGUGGUUGGAGUGACCAGAUCUGAGAAACAGCCGAACAACACCCUCACCGAAGAACAACGUAGAAGACAGAAGAGAGGCAAAGAAGAACGCAAACAGAGGAGAGGCAAGGUCCGGCGGCCACAAGGAGGUGGCUAAUGGUGAAGAGAAAACCCUAAGGUAGAGAGACGGGAGAGAAAACGUGUUUAGGAGAGAGAGAAACUUCCUUUAGGAUGGUUCUUGUCCUCCGACACCUCCAUCCGAAAUGCACAGUUUGUGGCAAAUGGGGUCAUUAUGCCAUAGCUUGUCACAGAGUUAAAGAGAAUGACGUGGAAAAUGAGGGGUUAAAGCUGGAACAUCUGAAACAAAUCAGAAUGAGGAGGUAGAGAAACAACAAAGGAAGGAGCAUGAGGAACAGAACAACAAGGAGGGUGAGAAACAGGAAAUGGAGGUAAAGUCGCAGAAUGUGGAGGAUGUAACGGAAAACCAGAAUUGGGAGUUCUCUGAAGUUCAAGGAAUGGAGAAAGUAGUAAAUACAACUCCUGAAAUAAAUAAAAACACAAGAAAGUCAAAAAAAAAAAGCAAGGAGAGAAACAUUUCAUCUGAAGCUUCAAGAAAGGUCAAAUCAGUGAGUUAGAAAAAAAACAAAAGAGGAAGAAUGGCAGGAUGUUUCUCCGGGUAAAGCUAGUAGAUCGCCAAACAUGAGUAAAUAAUUGAAAUUUGGCCAGGUAUCGAUCUCUAGAUUUGCAAUAUUGGAUCAUGAAGAAGAAGAAGAAGAAGAGAGAUAAUGGAGAAGAAUUUGGGAAAUAAAAAUGAUGUAGAAGAAAGAGAUGAAGCUACAUAUUUGAGUCUAGUAAAGGAGAAGGAAGCCAUUAUCUUGAGACAAUCUCUACCGAGUGAAUCAAAUGAUAAACAAAAGUUCUAAUCAGAGGUGUCUGUUCAGAAGGCUAGGCAUGAUGAUCCUAGUCAUCUGAACAGAAAGAAGAACCGAAUAAACGCAUAAUGUCAGGUUUCUUUUGGAAUAUGUGUGGUUUUAACAAAUCAACUAAGCAUGUUGUAGUCUGUGACUAGAUAAAAAAUCAUUCUCUACAAUUUGGAAGUUUAUUAGAGAUGAGAGUUAAGGAAGGGAGGGCUGAAAAGAUUGUAUAUUCAGUAGUUCAAAAUUGGUCUUUCAUGUCAAACUAUGAGCAUCACCGCCUUGGUCGCAUUUGGGUAAUAUGGGGGCCUUCUGUUAGGAUGACUCCAGUAAUCAAGAGCAGUCAGGUCAUUAAUUAGUUGUUCAGUGUUGACUGACGGGAAGGAAGAAGAGAUGUUUUGUUCUUUUGUACGAGAAAUACUUAGGUUCACCUCCUAGGUGAACUUUUAAAUUCAUCUCUCUUCUAAUAACCAAUCAAAAUGCCACGUAGAUUAUUAAUAAAAAAUAAAUUAAAAAAAAAGCUGAAAAAAAUUAUGGUAAUUUUAACGAUGCUAAUGUUGUCAGCUAAACCCUAAAUUUUUAGUCUCUCUAAAUCUAAACCCUAUACCCUAAAUCCAAACUCUACACCCCAAAAACCCAACCCUAAACCCUAAAGCUAAACAAUAUAUCCUAAAUCCCAAACCCAAACUGUAAUACCACCCGUCUUAAAAAAAAACCAUAAUUUCGAUUUUAUGGAAUUUCUCGGGGAAGCCGAAGGCUCCGAAAAUAUUUAUCCUCAAGGUUAAAGUUAGUCUGGAGUCUAUUAAAAAUAUUUAGCUCAUCAGAACGGGAGCGGAAAAAUAUUCGGGAUUGACCGCGGGACGAAAAUUCACCAGACGGGCCGAAAUCGCGCAAAUCGACCGUGAAGCUCAAGGUGGCUUAAUCUCAGGGAUCAGGACGUGGUGUCAACCAUUUAACCUGCUGAGUGUCAACAGAAAAAGGAGGUGUAGUCGUGCAUGAAGCAUUUCCAUGCAGCUCGAAAAACAGAAGAACAAGGUGUCAUAGUACAUGUGAUCUGCGCAUGCGAACCGACAUGCAGAGGCAUGUGUGUCGUGACGCAUAAACCCCAAACAUGCUGAGAGCCAUGUGGACGUGGUUGUGUCUUCUGGCAUGUAAAGGAGGCAUGCAACAGGGCAUGUGGACGCCCAUGUGUCACCACGCAUGCGACCGGAAGUAUGCAGGACGACACACAGGCGAUCGGGUGGCUCAUUCUUAUUGGCCGGCAACUUCUAUAUAUACCCAGCUACCCUAGUUCAUUUUUACUCAUUCAUACAGACCAAGGAAACUCCAAAACUUGGUUUAGAAAGAAAGAGAGAAAGAAGUGAGGUGCUUUAGAAGUAUAGACAUUUCCGAAAACCGAUAAACUGCCGGGAAGUUCCGAAAGACGUCCAGAAGUGAAAGAAGGUUCUUUCUGAGUUCUGAUCAGUACAGACCAGUUCAUUCAAGACAUUGAGGUUUAUUUUGGGAUUUAACAUCACAGUACCAAGACGAAGUUUUGGAGGGGAUAAAAGGGUUUAGUCAGUAUUCGAAAUCAAAGAGUCGAGCCACAUUGCUUAAUCACCGUGAGUCACGGUUAAUUGUUUGUUAACGAAUUUUUAAUGCAGGUUCCUGACAUCGGAGACGGCUUCCGAGCUAGGAUAGCCGGACCGGUCUAGGUGUCAUUCUGUGGAUCCGAGGCUUGAGACGAUGUCUGGGGUAAGUGGAUAGCAAGAUUAGUCUCUGCACCCGGAUUAUUGUGAUUGUGUGAUAUGAUAUGUUGUUAUAGUGUGUACCUCGUGUUGGUCAUGUUGUGUGAGAACCUCGUGGUGGUUCUAGUAGUAGUUUGCAGGUCAUUGCUUCCUCAAAUGGUACAACUAAGCCGGUUGUGGUCCGGAAAGUGGUGGGCUCGGUUUAACUUGGCUUGAUCACCAAGGCCGAGUGUCACACGUGGAUGUGACAGCCCCAGGCGAGUCCGAUAGAGAACCAGGACAUGGCGAUUCCGAUUGAGGACCGUGACCGGGCGAUUCCCGAGCGCCUACGCCUGUGUGGUGUAAUAGUUAAGGGAUUGCCGGUGUCCCUUAUGUGGAGGAAGAAUGAUUAUGUUGAGCCCUAGGAGUAAAUAUAUAUAUGGUUGAUUGAUAUGACACUCAUAAAGAGUGUUUGAUUUAUUAUGGUUUAAUGGUUUAUUGCUCAAAUCUGUCAUGCUUUAUGAUCUUGAAUAUUGAUUGUUGAACUACCCGUCUUGCUUGUGUUUGGGGUGGGGUUUAGAAUGACGGGUAGUUGUAUAUGCUAGAUAGGGAACCCUGGCUCACUGAGUGAAACUAGUUCAUUCACUCCUCACAUCCUUUGCAGGUGACGAGUAGAAAAGACCAUACCGCUCGCGGAACUGUAGGAGCUGGUGUAGAUUGGACAUCUUUUGCUAAAGACUCGUUUUCAAGAUAUAUGAAUGUAUGUUUUACUUUCAAUAUUGUGGCAAAUCCGUUGCAAUGCACUAUUUUUCUUGUAGUGGGCUCUGUUAGGUGAUGAGAGACUCUAUGAGGCGAUGAGAGGCUCUGUGUGGCGAUGAGAGCUUGUGUUGAUGCCUUUCUUCCGUUCGCGUUCUCUCCGUUGAUUGCUCGUAGACUCUCGAAACUAUUUCGUUAGUUUUACACAAGUUUUUUUCCAUAAACAUUUUCCAAAAGCUUUUUUGCGGAAGAUUAUAUCACAAAAUUUCCUAUGAGUUUUUUCCGUGGAAACUUUUCAAAUUUUGUUCUACGGAAGAUUGUUUCGUAAAACUUGUCAUUUAUCGCAAAAAAAACUUCCUCAAGAAUGUUUUUCUGAUAUUUUCUUGUUCGGAUAGUAACUCUUUCAUUUCUUGUUCGGGAUGAAAUACACGAAGUUUUGUUUUCAUAUCCUUAUUUUAAUAAGCUUGGUUUAUGCAGUGUAGUUUCUUUGACAAUUCCAGCUCAUAUUUGUUUAAGGUUCUUUUUCUCAGAAGAUAUUUAGCCGUUGAUUUCGUUGACCGAUUUUGACCCCAACUGUUAGUCCCCCUAACUUGUUUUUUUUUACUUCCACUUCCUCCUUUUUUAUGAAGGAGAAAGGCUGAACCUAUGAUUUGAUGGGUUGUGUACGUUCUCCUUCCAAUGAUUAAGAUGAUCGACAAUCCGGGUCAACUUAAAGAUGACGACGGGAUUGCGAUUUUCAGGUUGCCAACUCCGAAUGAGUUGGUUUUAAGAAAACUACUAGGAACGAGUCGGUUUUAGGACAAUGUUUGUGUCUCUAGUUACUUCUUUCCUCAGGAAGCGAUCUGAGUAUGAUGCGUGACAUCGUUUCUUGGUGUUGCGAGAGACUAAAUCAGUCCGCGAGAUCUGCCUGAACAUUCAAGGAACAGUAGAACGAGAUAGAGGAAUCAUCUAAGACUUAGUUCGCUAGACUAUCUACCUAGAUUCUAAAUUCCCUAAAAUUUAUGAAAAACUCCUAGUCGUUUCUCUUUUUUACGAAAAUUACAAAUCUGAUUUCAACGUUUUCCAGGUCGGACAUACCUUACAUUUAAUUAUAAUAUAUUUUGAUAUCUUUUCAUUUAAAAUAUAAAUAAAUAUAUUUAUUUAUGUAUAUAUAUUAAAAACUUCGAAAAAAUCUGUUUAAAAAGAUUGCGACAAGAUCUAAAUUUUAAAAAAUUAUAUGUAAAUAUUUUCACUAAUUUCUUAAUUAGUUUUGAAAUAUUAUUAUACUUUAAUAUAUACAUUUAUCGUUUAUAAAAUAAAAAAAUAUUAUAUCCUAUUUUUAUUUAUUAUAUGAUCACAAACAAUCAUAUUAAAAGAAAAUUAUUAUGUUGAUCUAAAUAUUUUACCAAUAUCAUAAUUUUCACAUGGUAUAUGUAAAUAUUUUAACUAAUUAUGUAAUUAGAAAUUAACUAUUAUUAUGCAUUAUUCUGUAUAAGAGUUUUGUUUAUAAAAUUAAAAAUAAAAAUUCUAUCCUACUUUAUCUAUUUUAUAACAUAAUCAAUUAUUUUAAAAUAAAAUAAUUAUAUUGAACUAUAUAUGAUAAAAUUAUAUUAAAUUGAUAGAUUUAUAAAUUUUAUUUUCAUAAAAACCAAAUAUUUAUGUUAAAAAAAUAUAAUAUGAUUACAGAAUGGCUUAACAUUAGCAGAAUACAAUACAUGUAUAAAAAUUAACAUAUCUUAAACUUUUGUAUAUACAACAAUAUAAGAGAAUUCGGCCAAAAAAAACACGAACUUUUCACGAAUUGCCAAAGAAAACUUGUACUCGAGCCUGGCCAAAAAAAUCAUUUACUUUUGUUGACUUUUUUAGUUUAUUAAUAAACUUAAGAUUGACUUUCCAAUUUAGCACGCCGUGAACGACGUCGUUUUAUCUUAUUUGAAAACGACGUCGUUUUACAAGAUUUGAAAUUAAAAAUAUGUACACCCCUAGAUUCGAACCCAGGUAGGUUGGUCAAAUGGCAAGGUCUUUUACCACUGGACUACUGGCACUUUCAAUGUACUUACUAACAUGUUUACUUUUAUUUGGUACGUAUUAAAUAUAAAAAAUUCUCUAAAAACUUAACAAGAUCUUUAAAAUUCCAAAAAAAUUAAAAAAAAUAAAGAAGAUUUUUAUAAAAUUAAUUUAGAAAUUAAAAUUAAAAAUAAAAUUUUAUUUUUCUUUU